UAUCCUCAAACCAAAAAUAAAGAAAAAAAAAAAAAGAAACAGAGAAGAAAAAUGAGUAGCUCAGAUUCUCCUAAGCUUCACAAUGUUUUCGUCUAUGGUAGCUUUCAAGAACCUGAUGUACUCCACGUCAUGCUUGAUCGUACUCCUGAAAUCGUCUCUGCAACACUCCAUGGCUAUCAGAGGUUUAGGCUUAAAGGGAGAUUGUAUCCAUGUAUUGUACCUCGUGAGAAUGGAGAAGUUCAUGGAAAGGUACUAGUGGGAUUAACGGAUGGUGAACUUGAGAAUCUUGAUUGGGUUGAAGGAACCGAAUAUGAAAGAGUGACUGUUGAAGUUGUAAGGAAGGACAAUUCAGAGAAGAUGACAGUGGAUACAUAUCCAUGGAUCAACAAGAUUGAUCCUGAUAUUGGUGGAGAUUGGGAUUUCGAGGAAUGGAAAAGAUUGUAUAUGAAGACAUUCAUAGAGACGUUUAAAGAAAUCAUGGAAAAGAAGAAGAAUCCACAUAAGGGAGGAAGAGAUGAUUUCAAAGAUGUUCUACGUAAGUGAUGAUGACCUUGUGUGUUUGAGUAUGUUCUAGAUCUCGACUUUGUUUCAAUGGUGAUCAGAUUUAAUAAAAACCGAUCGAGGGAGACUAUGUAUUAAGGUCAUCUGUUUAAUGUAUGAUUUGAGUGUUUAUGAGUUCUUGUAAAGAUCUUGGCAUCUUUACUUGUGUAUUGUAUUGUUUGGUUAGUGCUAAUGUUUAUCGAAUCCA